AUGGUGGAUGGUGCUGAAGCAGCUCGAAAAAGUGGGAUGCUGAAGAGACUUUUGGAGUCACAACCGGGGAAAAUGUUCGCAUCGCAGAGAGCUCCGCUUUCUUCACUUGAAUUUAACAAUCCUCCAAAGCCGAAGAAGAAACGCACGCAGCAGAAGAAAAUUACUGUUGGCCCAAGCAAUGAGUACGAGUUGUUGCUGGAACGUAUUUCUACGCAGCUUCGGCUUUGUCCACCUCUUCCACGCGCUGCCAGCGAACCAAUUUCUCGCAUUGAUCGCUCAUCAUAUGCCAUAUUCGGUGUUACUGAUUUGCCAAACCGAACCGAUAAGCCAUCAGUUGAAGGAAGUGCGAUCGGUGAACUGCACCUAGUUUUUAUGGAUGAUUAUUACACACGAUUGUUUGAAUGUCCCAUUGAUGAGGAUUCGUUGUAUCACGCAAUGUCCGAUUUCUCGGGAGAUGUGAAGCUACCUGUUCUUUAUAGGACGAAGUGUAUAACCCCAAAUCAUUUUGUGAGAGAAGAACACGAGAAGGAAAAGCCAGUAAGCAAGAUGAGGGCACUGUCGGUACUUCGCCGCUCACGGUCUCCUCCGUUGCGGCAGGUUUCAAGAUUACCAGAAUCAGUAGCACCACAGGCGCCCCCACGAUAUGCAUUCCUAAAGAAGCGUGACCACCCAAAGAAAGUCGAAGUGAGUAUUGUAAUCGAAGGUCCAGAAGGAAGCCUUGAUCCAGAAGCCAGUUUGCGGCAACUUAUGGCGCUCCUCGGCAUGGAACGUAUUACGAAUUAUGAAUUUGAUACUCCACCACAAACUCCUGAACCUUCAAAGCGUGAGCUCAGCGACACCUCAAGAAUGGAGCCAAAGAUUACGGAUGAUUUCACCUGUCGCCAAUGCGGAGCACUGACUGACCAGCCUGCUGUGCGGCAGACAGCUCAUCAACUCGGCAUCGUGGACCACAAGCGUGACCACCCAAAGAAAGUCGAAGUGAGUAUUGUAAUCGAAGGUCCAGAAGGAAGCCUUGAUCCAGAAGCCAGUUUGCGGCAACUUAUGGCGCUCCUCGGCAUGGAACGUAUUACGAAUUAUGAAUUUGAUACUCCGCCACAAACUCCUGAACCUUCAAAGCGUUAG